UCCCGGGAUGGACGUGUCUGCCGGGAACACCAGCACCUCCUCCCCCAACGCCUCCUCUCCGAGCGUGACUCCCCUCACCUCCUCCCUCAGCUUCUCCCUGCUGCUGAUCGCCAUGGUGACGGGCCUCCCCGGCAACCUCCUGGUGGUCUUGAGCGGCGCGUUCCGACCGCGAGGAGGACCCCGCCGACGGCGGCGGCGCUCCAUCUCCGCCCUACUCGUCCUCCAGCUCGCCUCCGCCGACUUCCUGGUCCUGCUGACCACGCCCUUCUUCCUGCGCCAGGUCUGGCGGGGCGGCGCGUGGGAGUUCGGGGAGGGCGCGUGCAAGCUGCUCCACUACGCCUCCGCCGUUAACAUGUACGUCAGCGUCUACCUGGUGGCUCUCAUGGGGCUGGACCGGCACCUGGGCGUGGCGCGGCCCUUCCUGUCCCAGCGCCUCCGCACCCGCUCCCGCCUCUACGCCGCCCUGGCCGCGGUGUGGGUCCUGGCUCUGACCAUGCCCGUGUCGCUGCUCGUGUACCGGCGCGUGCAACACGGGAUGUGUUUCCUGUCCUACCCCACGCCGGGCCACCGGGUGUUCCAGUGUUCUCUGGAGCUGUCGGCUGCCUUCCUCCUUCCCUUCGGCCUCAUGACCCUCUGUUACCUCCGCGUCGUCCGCAAGCUGGCGUCCCACAGCCGGAGGCACCGGCGUUCCUACGGCAGGACCAACCGCCUCAUCGGCCUCGUGGUGGGGACCUUCGCCCUCCUCUGGACUCCCUACCACCUGUCCAACGCCCUCCAGGUGGGCGCCCUGUGGUCGGGGUCGUCCCCGGGGCUGCUGCGCUUCUGCCUGAGGUCGCGACCCGUGGUGAUCUCGCUGGGCUACCUCAGCAGCGCCGUCAACCCCGUGCUGUACGCGCUGGCGGGCCCCGCCCCCCCGGGCGGGCCCCCACGCCCCCCGGGGGGGCGGGGCCCGCCGGCCAGCUGGAUGCCCCUCCUGCGGCGGCCGCCGCCGCUGGAGGGGCCGUCCGCAAGCAAGGCAUGA